AUGGCCCGAACUACUCCCAGUGGACUCAACAGCGAGUCUUUAAAAGUGACUUCCCACCCCAAGGACCUCCUCACCACCACCCCCUCCUCCGCCUCCUCCCUCCCCUCUCCAAUGAUAGACGCUACGAAAUGGCUGACAGUAGCUGUGCGCUCGCUCCGCCCGCCCGCUCGCACUCUGCACCCGCUUGGAGCCAGCGCUGGCUGCCCAGCUCCGGCUCCGGCUCCGGCGGCGCUCGGCUCCAGGUCAUUUCUAGCCAGCCGAACUCAGCCCCACACCAUGCCGCCGCCGCAGCAGCAGCUUGCCCCCGCCGCCGCCCUCAGUACUGUCCUGCUGCUUCUCUUGCUGGCCACCGACUCCUCGCAGAGUGAGUACCCCCGGCCUCAGCGGGCGCCUCCCAAAGCCUGGGGAGGGGGAUCCUCUGCCCAGACAGCCUCCUCACCCCACCCCCCCCUAGCUGCGCCCCCCGCCCCCAUCCCCGCCAUCCAUAAUGCGACAUCAGCAGCAGCAGCAGCAGCGACUGCGGUCGCCGAGGCCACAGCAUCCCCCUUCCUUCAAGGACACUCGGGAAAGUGCUCAAUCCCCAGGCUGCUGCGGCUGCAGAAAGUGUUCGAAAACGACCCUGAGACUGAAUAUUUUUACCCAAGAUAUUUAGAGUGCAUUGCGAAAUAUGGUUCCCCCUAUGCCAAAAAUGUAAAUUUCAUUUCAUGUGUUCGCGAUUUGCCAAACCAGUGUACACCAUAUCCCUGUGAGAGAAAAGGAACAGUAAAUUGUCAAGAUCUGAUGGGGACUUUCUACUGCCAAUGUAAAGCUGGCUGGAGUGGAAAAAUUUGUGAUCAAGAUAUCAAUGAAUGUAGCCACCAGAAUGGGGGCUGCAAUCAAAUCUGUUACAACCAGGUUGGUGGCUUCUCCUGUGCGUGUUACAGUGGCUACAAACUCCUCCCCAACAAUAAGACCUGUGAAGACAUAAAUGAAUGUGUGGAUGAAAGUACCUGUGGAGAAGCUCGAUGUAAGAACUUGGUGGGCUCCUAUUCAUGCAUUUGCGAAGAAGGCUACAUGUAUGAUAAUGAGAAAAAAGUUUGCCAAGAUGUGAAUGAAUGUGAAGAAAAACUCUGUGAACAGACCUGUGUCAAUUCUCCUGGGAGUUACGCUUGUCACUGUGAUGGCAGAGGGGGAGUAAAACUGUCCCAUGACAUGAACACUUGCGAGGACAUAUUGCCAUGUAUUUCUUUUGAUGUGGCCAAAAGCGUGAAAUCUUUAUAUCUCGGCCGAAUGUCCAAUGGGGCUCCGGUGAUCAGGCUUCGUUUCAAAAGGCUGCAGCCCACAAGAGUUGUGGCUGAAUUCGACUUUAGAACCUUUGAUCCUGAAGGUGUCAUUUUCUUUGCCGGAGGCCGUCAAGACAACACAUGGAUCAUGUUGGCUCUACGGGCUGGGAGGUUGGAACUGCAGCUGAAAUACAACGGCAUAGGGAGAGCCACCAGCAGUGGGCCAGUCAUUAACCAUGGCAUGUGGCAAACAAUUUCCGUUGAGGAGGUGGAGAGAAAUCUUGUGAUCAAGGUUAACAGUGAUGCUGUUAUGAAAAUAGCGGUCUCUGGGGAACUUUUUCAAUUGUACCGAGGACUGUAUCAGCUGAACCUAACAGUGGGAGGCAUUCCUUUUAAAGAUAAAUACCUCGUUCACCCAAUAAACCCUCGUCUGGAUGGUUGCAUGAGGAGCUGGAACUGGCUGGAUGGGGAUGAUACCACAAUCCAAGAUAUCGUAAAAAUGAACAGCAGAAUGCAGUGUUUCUCAGUCAUGUCAAGAGGAUCCUUCUACCCUGGCAAUGGAUUUGCAUAUUUUAGUCUAAAUUACACUAAACCAUCUGCUGGAGAUGAAACACAGAGACUCUGGGGAGUAGAAAUAACUGCUGAGAUCCGCCCUGCCACUGAUACAGGGGUUCUGCUGGCCCUGGUUAGCGAAGAAAAAACUGUCCCUCUCUCCUUGGCCUUAGUGGACUACCAUUCCACAAAAAAACUCAAAAAACAGUUGGUUGUUCUGGCGAUAGAACAUGUGUCCGUGACCUUCAUGGAAAUCAAAGUCUGCGAUGGUCAGGAUCACUUGGUGGAAGUCCGCAUAAAGGAAGGUGAGAUAGCCCUGACCGUGGAUGGAACAAAGGGACAGAUGGAAGUGAGCUCUUCCCAAAUGGAAGAAAGACUGUCUGCCUUGAAAAAAUACCUGCAGAGUCCUUUAAAGACAUAUGCUGGUGGAUUGCCAGAUGUUCCUGUGAUGUCAGCUCCAGUCACUGCGUUCUACCAUGGCUGCAUGACCCUGAUGGUCAACCAGAAAACAUUGGAUUUAGAUGAGGCCAUGUAUAAACACGGUGACAUCACAUCACAUUCUUGUCCUCCAACUGAGCAAGCUGGUCAGUAGGCUCCUCGGGAACAGUCUACACACUUUAUAACCAAAAACUUUUCAUGCUUUACUUUUACAAAAAAAAAAUUAUAAAUUAUUCAGUCUCCCUAUGCUGUAUAGUUUCUUUAAAAAACACUGAAGUUCAGUAGGAGCUAGUGAUCCUUACAAUCGAUCAUUGAAAUCUUCCUUUGCCCUGUGGCCAAACCUUUGUAAUAUAUUUGUAAAUAGCUGAGAAGACUAAUAUUAAUGAUCUGAAACCACACACAAAAACUUCAAAAGCUUUUCGUAAAAUGAAUGUUGAGUCUUGAGGGAACAGAGAGGCCUGGAAACAUAUCAACAUGGACUUGAAGAAAAUAAUAGUUCUCUAUUAUUUUUAUUACCAUAUACUUCUUUCUGAUUUAUGAAAUAUGAAAGAAUAAAUAUUUACAGAAAACUUUUUAA